UGGAUCGACGAGAAAUAAUCCCGACGGCUAAACGGAAGUAAAAACAUUUCAACCGGUGUCGAAAAGGUAAACUGCAAACAGAAAGGAAACUAACUGCAAACAAUCCACAAAAAUCAAACUACCGACCGACCAUCGGUGUAAAUUGUCCUAAUUACUGGUGGGCUUCAACAGGAAAAGGGAUAAAAUGGCAGUCCCAGCAAAGAUCGUUUUGAAGAGCGGGACAAAGAUGUCCCUGAAUGACAGAUUUACCAACAUUGUCAAGACGCCGACGUCGCCCACCUCGCCCCAGGCGAUCCGAGCAAGAAUGGCGGAGGCCCAGCAGGCAUCCUCAGCCAAUCGGAGGCUAGCUCAGCAAAUGGCAAACAGACCUACCGUACAGGCAGCACUGAAAAUCAAAAAGACCAGCUUGAAGCAGCGUUUGGGUAGGACUAAUGUGAAGGCCAGGUUAAAUCUGAGUGCUGUCAGAGGGCGGGGCCGUGGAGGAGGGGGUGGUGGAUUCAACAGAGGACAGAGGGGUGGAGGACGAGGACAGAGAGGUGGAUCCAGGGGCGGACCGGGCGGAGACGCAAUGAGUCCUAGAGGUAUUCACUAGUGAGAAUAUAAACUA